AUGUAGGUUCAGCAUUCGUUUUUAGGAGUGGUGUCUGGCGUAAACAUGCGCACUCUUCUCCUCUGUGCUGCCCUACUAGUCGUCUCAGCCACCGCACACCGUGUCGAUGAGUGCGGUGUGCCCCGCAUCCAGCCCCACCUGGAGGCUGAAGACCGCAUCGAAGGCGGCAAAGAGGCGGUUCCAGGGAGCUGGCCCUGGCACGUUCAGGUCAACACGCGCUUGGGCCACCACCGCUGCAGCGGCGCGCUAAUCGACGAACAACACGUUGUCACGACGGCCUCUUGCAUCUGGAAGCUGAAAAACAUUGGUGUUCUGAAGGUGCUCGCUGGAGCGCAUUCUAGGGACGCAGUUCUUGAAGGAGAAAGAAGCGCUGACGUGGCAGAAGCUUGCGUCUUCAAAGACUACCAGGGAGGUCAUGUGAACAACAUCGCCGUACUCAAGCUGAAGACUCCGCUUAACCGCACGGACACAAUCCAGCCCAUAUGCCUGCCCAGCGCACCCGUAGUUGGAGGAUGGAACGUGUACGCGACCGGCUACGGACACACCCACCAUGACCACGACUCUCUCGUGAAAGGUCUGAGCCAGGCCCGUGUCCAGACGGUGGCCAACAACGUGUGCUACGACGAAAAUGACACGGAAGUGCCCAAGAGUGUCUUCUGCACCGUGUACGACCACGGCUCUCCAUGCAUGCACGACAUCGGCGGUCCUGUGAUGAGCAAGGUUGACGGUGCCUGGACGCUCCACGGCGUUGUGUCUGGCGGCGCCAAGGGCUGCAAGGUGGGCGAGCACCCGAUGUUGCACACGCGGGUGGCCAUGUUCUUCGACUUCAUCAAAAACUACGCGCACGCUGACAAGGGACAGUGCGACCUCAAGACGACCUCGGCAUAAACGCCUUCUGUACGCUUUGCCGUAUAGCCAUAAAAAUGUAGUGCUCAUCGAAGCAUUUGGUCUUUGAAAGAAACAAUAAAGUCAUUCUAAGACUGAU